AAAAUCGCCUCACGCUUCCGGUUCGAACUCCUCGACGCCUCACACGGUCCUCCUCCCCCAUCUCGUCUUCCUCGCGCCUCCCAUGGCGUCGCUCUUCGGGGGUCGCCGCCGGCGAUCGCCGGAGGACGACGGUGAGGACGACAGAUCCGGCAACGGGAAGGCCCAGCGCCGCCGCCUCUCGCCGGAGGAGGACGCGGCGACGCCAGCGGAGGCGGGGGCGGCCGCGGCCGCGGCCACGGGGAGUAGCCCUGGGUGGCUCUCUGGCUUCGUCUCCGGCGCGAGGAGGGUAUUUUCGUCUGUUUUGUUGUUCUCCUCGCCCGAGGAGACGGGCUCGGGGCAGGAGGAGGACGAAGAGGGCAACGGCUUAAACUCGGAUGAGAACGAAGAUAUUCCUGACACUCAUGGAGCAAUUGUUCCUUACAGCGAGUCAAAGCUAGCUAUUGAGCAAAUGGUUAUGAAGGAAACAUUCACAAGGGAUGAGUGUGAUAAGAUGAUAGAGCUAAUAAAAUCACGAGUUACAGAUUCUACAUUUCCUGAAGCCCGUGAGUAUGGAUUGCCAGAAGAAAUCCCAAGUAGGAAUGCAGGCAUUGGACAUGACUUCACAGGAGCUUGGCGCUCCUUUAGCCGUGAUCGGAGAUUCCCUAAAUCAGUUCAAUUCUCUAGUAUGGGACCUGGUAGUUUUUCUCCUGGCUCUCCACUCCAAGCAUCACCUGAGCUAUGCACUGCAGCAGUUACGGAAGCAAAGAGAUGGUUGGAAGAGAAAAGGCAGGGGCAAGGUUUAAAGCCUGAAGAAAAUGGAACAUGCACAUUGAACACUGAUAUGCUAAGUUCUGUCAUUGACUCUGACAUGGGUUCUCCAGUUGAUUUAGCGAAAUCAUACAUGCAAUCAUUACCUCCUUGGCAGUCCCCUCUCUUAGGCAUUCAGACGUUUAAUACAUCGCGCUCCAAAUACUCUACCUUGUUAGCAGAGGUACCCGCAAAGGAGGACUACCUUUCCAACUUUUGGGAAAAAUUGGAGGAAUCACGAAGAGCCCGCAUUGGAUCAUCUGGAGGUUCUGCAGAUGCUCCUAAAUUCUGGAAUUAUAGUUCUACUUCUUCCAGAUUAUUUGAGAAUGAUACCUCUAUAUUCUCAUCGGGUGCUGAUGAAAAAGUUGGCGAGCCUACCAAAACCAAUAAUGGGUCUGAAAAAGUUGCAGCAACAGAACCAGUUAGUGGGUGCCCCAUACCUGUCACGCCAACUGAAGAUAGAAUUGAUGGUAUUGGUGAACCUGUGGACCUUGCAAAGGACAAGGGGAAUGCACCUGAAGAAUACCAUGCUGCAUCUGAAAUUCAACCAGAUAAAGUAGCAGAGGGGAACAAUGCGUCUUCCACAAGAUUUACAAAGGAUGCUACUGACCACAGUGAUGUUAAAGCCCCCAUUGCCGAACCAAAUAUAGAUAUCAACUCAGCUUCAGCUUUUCCGGAACCCAUAGCGAAGGAUGCAGGUCCCCCAAUCCGGACCCGAAUGAAUGGGUCGACCAAGAAAACAUCUGUGAAUGGUCUUCUGGAUCAAUCAAACGCCAACUCCGGGUUAGAAUCUUCAGGAAAUGACAAUCCCAGCUGCACUAACUCGAGCAGUGCUGUGCCACCCACCAGUAAUGACUUAACUGAGCCUGCAGCCGGUGCUGCAGAUGUUGAUUCUGUUGAGAAUGGCACUGGAAUAAAUCCUGAAGAACCUGUUAAGGGAGCCUCGAGACAGAACGUUCGGCGAGGAGGACGAAAAAGGGUGGUGCGAGGCCCUAAAGGAAGAGGGAAGUAGAAGAGUUGCUGGACCAUAUUGUUGUAUACUAAUAUUAACGGCCCAAAAGGGCAACGUGAUACCUAGGUUAGUCUGUUUCCACUUACAAGGCAUUUGUGCGUCAACAUUUGUAUCCAUGCUGUAUUAUUGUAGGCUUAUGACCACGUUUAGAAUUGAUUAUUAGGAGUAGUAGCUGCUUGAUUCGUGUGACAGUGUCUAGUUUUUCAUAAGCUUGUUGGUAGUUUGUGCAGAUGGAGGAACAAUUGGUUGAUUGUGCCGUGUAGCAGUAACACGUAGCAGGUGUUCUAGCCAUCUAGGUUUGUGCAGACAGUGCAGUGAAUCCAGUGAGGCAGUGGCAGUUGUUUCCUCUGUAUGAUGGACAUUCACAUUCUGGCGAUGUAACCCUUAUUUCGUGCUUU